AUGAUAAAGAUAAACACCAUCCUCCAAAUUGAGAGGAGCCAGGGCCUGAGGGUGCUCUCCUCUCCUCUCCCCCAGCAGCUCCACGCUCCGCGUCAGGGGAGCUACGCCGGCCCAGAAGACGCUCCCUGGAUCACCGCCGUCACCUACCGGUACACCACCGCAGCUGGCCUGGGACGUCGUCGUGGCCUGCCGGAUGGCCGCCGUCACCUGCUGGUGCACCACCACCGCUGGCCUCGGACGCUUGCGGGGCUCCCCGGAUCGCUGCCCACGCUCCGCGGAUCGCCGCCGUCAUUAGCUGAGGACAACAGCACUGAAACACUACUUCUGGUCUGGCACUACAGCGCAAGAACACCUCAUGAUUGCUGGCGAAGCUUUCAGAUCAGUGGAUGUACAAUCACUGGAGACAGGAGCAUGUACAACAAGGCUGAUGCUGUGAUCAUGUGGCACCAGAAUGUAAACCAUGAUGUAAUCUAUCAUGAAAAAGCUCCGUUGCCUCCAGAGCCACGACCACCUGCGCAAAAAUGGAUAUGGCUCAACGUGGAGCCCCCCACAAAAGUUCCAAGACUGUGCAAAUAUGAAGGUAUUUACAACCUCACACUGAGCUACCGAGAAGACUCUGACAUCUUUGUGCCUUAUGGGUAUUUAAUCCCAAAUGUGUUAUUAGAUAAAGUUCCUCAGACCCGUUUUGCAAAAAAGCUUAACUCCUCCUCGGAUCCUCGUCCUGGCUUUGUGGCCUGGGUGGUCAGCCACUGGGAAAAUAGUUUGGAGCGUGUGCAAUUCUACAACCAUCUUAAAGAGUUCAUCAAAAUCGACCUCUUUGGGCGUGCAGGGACCACCAUCUUACCACCAGGCAGGGACAGUGUGGUUCAAAUGAUCAGACAGUACCGGUUCUACCUGGCCUUCGAGAACUCUCAGCACACCGACUACAUCACAGAGAAGCUGUGGAACACGGUGCGCGGCGGCGCCAUCCCGGUGGUUCUGGGUCCGUCCAGGAAGAACUACGAGCGCUUCCUGCCCCCAGAGGCCUUCAUCCAUGUUGAUGACUUCCCCACAGUGCAGGAGCUGGCCCUGUACCUGCUGAAGGUGAAGGACAGUCCAUCUCUGAUCCAGAUGCACCUCAGCUGGAGGAGAGACUACAGUGUGUACAUGACGUCCAUGUGGGGUGAAUUCUACUGCACAGCCUGCAAGGCGGUGAGGAUGAGGAAAGGCAAGAUUGAUGUGGUCAAAAACCUUACAGCAUGGUUUUAUUCAUGAUACCUCAUGAAAAACUAUGAGUAUUUAGGAUUCCCGUGUAACACAAUGUGCUUUUA